GUUGGCGCGCCGCUCGCGACAGGAGCACCUCAGGCCUCCCGGACCGCUCCGCUGGCCCCGCUGGCUCCGCUCGGCUCGCGCCGCCCACACCGCCGCUGCGCUACGCCCGGCUCGUGCCCGGCUCGUGCCCGGCCCGGCGCCAGGACCAGGACCCCACGUGGUCAGGCUCGCUCAGCUCGCGCCAGUGCCAGUGUACAGUGCAAGUGUUGUGGUGGGUCGCGGACACAGGGAUACACCGCAGCACACCGUAGGACCGCGUCGGACCGCCGUGUCUCCACCGGUCGCGGCUCGGCUCGGCUCGGGCCUCUGCCUCCAACCUGGCUCGGCUAGGCUCGCUGCGCGCGCCGCCGCGCUCGGCUCGUCUCGGCCCGUCGCCCCCAUGGCACGCGGGCGCGUGAGCCACCAUGGCGGUGUCGCAGAUCCUGCAGAAGCCCUGUGACCCGGCCCGGGGACUCGGCUCGGCCCUCGGCGUGGCCCUCGGCUCCGGCCUGGGCCACAUCUCCAGCACCAGCAGCGCCGUCGCCAGCUGCAAGACGUUGCUGCAGCAGCAGCUGCAGGCCGCGGUAGGCGGCUCGGGCACGACGCCGACCUCCUGCACCACCGGGAAGAGCGGGAGCCGCAAGCACCACCUGCUGUCGGGCUCCCACUCCACCACGGCGCGAGGCAGCAGCAGGAAGAUCGCUCCGUCGGCCUCCCCGAGGGCCUCGCCCAGGGCGUCGCCGCCCCCCGGCCUGCCGCCCAGCCUGGCGCCCCCCUCGCUGCAGGACCAUGGGGUCGUCGGCUCGUCCACGGCGGACGGCCUGCUCGCCCACACCUUGGGGCUGGGCAAGGGCUCCAUCUGCAUGGACGGACGGAGGGCCAACAAGCCACUCAUGGAGAAGCGACGGCGUGCACGCAUCAACCAGUCGCUGGCCGUCCUCAAGACCCUCAUCUUGGACUCGGCCAAGUUGGAGCAGCAAAAUACGAAGCACUCCAAACUCGAGAAGGCGGACAUCCUGGAGCUGACAGUGCGGCAUUUGCAGAGGCAGAAGACGCUUAACUCCUCAGUGGUGGACAAAUACCGCGCCGGCUUUCAGGAAUGCGCGCGAGAGGUGACGAGGUUCCUGGACACGCCCGAGCUGCUGCUGGGCCCCGCCGCGCUGUCCCUCACCGGGUCGCAGUCGCCCAACGCGGCCACCUCCACCUCGGGGCUGAUCGACCCGGGCGCGCGCAAGCGGCUGCUGCGCCACCUGGAGGCAUGCGCCGCGGAACUGGACCUGGACUUUGGACACGCGGCCGCCAAGAUGGCGGCGCAGGGCGGGCCGGGCAGCAGCCAGAUGGCGGCGCACCUGGCCGCGCUCACCGCCUCCAUGGCCUCGCCGCCGUCUAGCCCGGGCGGGGAGGGCGUCGACGACAGCAGGCUCAAGACGGAGGAGGAGUGCGACGCCGCGCGGCCCGACAGCAGCACGGUCUCCACCGGCGACGAGAACAACAACGGCGGGCUGAACGGAGCCGCGGUGGGGCCGGGAGAGCCGGCCGACGGCGGCCUCACCCUGGGGAGCCUGCUCGCCCUGCCGAGCGGCGCACCCGGCGGCCUGGGCGCACACAAGCGCACGCGCUACCCUAGCACCGGCUCGGGCACCGAGUCCACCGCCUCGCCCUCGCCGACCACGCUGCCCACCGACCUGGCCGAGUCCCUGGCGGCCGCCGCGGCCUCCGCCUCCGGGUUGCCCCCUGCCGCCGGCCUGCCACCCGCGGUCACGGCCGCCGUCACCCUGGGCCCCGGGCAGGCCGGCCCCAACAACCCGUUGCUGUCCAUAGUGCAGGUGGUGCCAUCCCGUCUACCCGAUGGCCAAGUGGUGUUCCUGCUGCCCAGUCACUACGUGCAGCUGGCGGCCGCGGCUGCUGCCGGCGGGCAAGCCUCGUACCUGGAGGAGGCCAAGGCCCGCGACACCAGCGUCAUCAAGGAGGCCACGCCGCAGAUCCGGGAGUCCGUCCUCACCAGAACGGACACGGUCAAGGAGACCUUGGAGGAGACCCCGAAAGACAUGAUCAAGUCGGAGCCGCCGCCCUCGCCGCCACCAGUCCACCGAGGGAAGCUACGUCACCACCGCAAGGCGGCGCUGCUGGCCCAGCACGAGCCCGAGGACCUUGUCGUCAACAAGAACCCCUCGACACCACCCAGGACACCGUCGGACUGCAGCCCUCUCACAAACGGGCUCCCGGAAAUCAAGACUGAGAUCAAGGAAGAAGCCAAGGAGGAGCAGGACAAGGAUGACAAGAACGAGGACGAGACUGACACGCCGCUUGACUUUACGACCGGUGAACGCAAGCUGCGUGACGGCACCGCGGCACCGGCUCAGCCACGGACACCUCGGACGCUCAAGAGGGAGGCCUCUUCCCCGAUGGCCAUGGCCAGGGACGUGCGGCUCAAGGUGCCGAGGCCGUGGACGAGGCCGGAGGGGGCCGCCGACGGGGAGGACCACCCCGUGUACGACGAUGACGGCAACGUGUGGCGCCCCUGGUGAGGCCGGCGCGGAGGCCCGGCAGACGCCGAUCAAGACCACGGCGACGGUGAUGCACUUGGUGACGGGUGCCACCAUGAUCAUUAGCAUUCCUGUCUGUUGGGUGACAAUCUAGGCCAGAACCCCGGUGAGAUCACCAACUCGAUUACUUUUUUGCGAUCACAAUACAGUCUCAAUGAGAUCAUCGGGGAUGAAAUCAGCCACAGUCAACCAGUAAAGCAUUCGUAAAGGGCGUAUUACACGUACUGCAGUAAAAUCAAAGUACGCGGGGCAUGUCUUAUGUAAAAUGUCGCAAACUGUAAAGCUUUCGUGUAUUGGCAAGAAGGGCGUAAACAACAGUAAUAUGCAAACAGAAUAUGCAGUAUUUGCUCAUUUCCUUCGUUUGCAAAUAAAGGGUGCAGUGCCUUACAUUGAACAGCCGAGCCGAACCGAAUCGUACCUGAGCGCGAUAAAACUCACUAACGAUUCGAGAAAUGUGAAGUAGGUUGGUUAAUUUAUCAUGUAUUAGAAUGGAAAUACAUCUAUAGGCCUAGAAAUCUGUUUUGAAAGAAACUGUUACUAUUAGGUGAAUCUGUCUCGAGCCUAGAACUAAUUUCUUAUUGUUCGGAGCGCUCUAACGCUCCUUUCUCUCGAGUGCCUCUUUGUACUACAUGUCUAUGCUUUUGAUUUCAAAUCGUCUUCCUUCGCUAGCAGCCCUGUUCUGCUCAGCAAAACUUUGUGUGACUUUUAAGUAGUAAAUGCCUAUGUACAUAGGAUGUAUUGUACCAAACGGCCUUGUAUGCCAUUAACCAGAAUUCCAUUGUCUAGUCAAAUGAGUGUACCGAAAUACAUAUAUUGUCUUCGACCGCAAACUGAAGCUUGGCUUCAUGUGGUCACUAAACGCUGUAUUAAUCUAAGUCAAAAGUUUUAAACGCAAAGAUGCACCAUAAUAUCUACAAAAAAAAUAUGAAUAUCUCGCCUUCUCGACAAUCCAGAGGACAAAAGAUCCUCGUCAUUGUGCCUAUUCGUUAACUGGAGGUUUAUUUCGAAAGUAUCCUAUUAAUUUACUUAAUCUAUCGGGUUUGUUCCUUUAGAACGUAGUGCAGUUCGGACAUUUAAAGCCUCUUCUUACGUGCUCUUCUAGGGCUUCUUUAACAUAGGCACUGGUGUCAAACUACCGUAGCCUAUCCAUGUCCAGUAUAUCUACAGGCCAAUGAUCCGAAGCUGCACAACCGAAGGCCUACAAAAAUUGACACUAAAAAGUGUUAUUGAUUAUCGGUUAACGAAAUUGACUUUUUUUUCAGUCAGCGCUGUCUUUGUUGUGUUAUGUACAAUUAUUAUUAUGAUUAUUAUUAUGAUUAUUAUUAUGUCAUUGUCAUUGUUAAUUAUUGUUAAUGUUUUUGAAUAUUAUGUGAUAAUUAUUUACUGUUACUUCUUUAGGGUGAGCGUGCUUUAAAGAUCUUUGUAUACAAUGGACUGUGUAAAUUAUAGAUCUCAGAAUGACUUAAUGUUGUAAGCCUUUGAACAAGGAUAAAUCUUGUUUCCCGAGAGAUCUCUUGCGGUAUCACGCAAUAGGGAAACUGCAGGAGAUGGCUUUGGCAAACUGGCAUUUGUGACUAUUGUUUUGUAGUUCCACAAUAAAUCUUUUUUUCCCCUUCCGAACGGCUAAAA